AGAAGAAGACUUCCGGUCCAUGUGCUGCACAUCUGAACCAAUAUGGCGCUGGGAGGGAAGAUAAACAGACCCAAAACUGAGCUCGGGAAGAAACUUCUCAAACGGCGGCGAGUUCAGAGCCGAGAGAAGAAGAAGAACAGACAUCGGAUCAUCGGCGCUGUCGUCGAUCAGGGACUCAUCACUGUCCAUCACUUGAAGAAGAGGAGGACCAGUCCCAGAGCGAACAUCACCUUGUCGGGGAAGAAGAGGAGGAAGCUGCUGAAGCAGCUGCAGCACCUGCAGAGGGAGGGCUCAGCCAUGGAAGCUGAAGCUGCAGCAGAACCACAGAAGACAAAGAGCUCCUCUUCAUCCUCAGUCGCCACGAUGAAGAAGAAGAAGGCGGAGUCUGUAGACCCAGGUGACGUGGAGAUGUUCGAUGUGGAAUGAUCUCAGACGCGUCCAAAACCCAACAGAUCCAAACAGCAAGUUUCAGCAUAAACAGAGGGAACUACAGGAGCCUAUUUGGGACAAAACUCAUUAACCUCAAGUGUCAAACUCCAAAAUGAUCUGUUUCUCUUCUCUAAACUGGACCCAGUUCUGGUUCUGGUGUCGUUAACAAACCGUGACGAGCGUUUCUCACGUUGCUCUGAUGGAGCAAAGAAGGUCCAGAUGGGUCCAGGACCGUUUCGUGAUGUGGAGCUAAACGUUGAAUAAAACUGUAAAACA